GAGGAAGGGAUCAUGUACAUUCGAGAAGUCUUUCCUUACAUGCCGUCGCUGGUGCAUCUCGACGUCAGAGGGAACAAGAUCGGGGCUGAGGGCUGCAGGCACUUGAGUGACAUCCUGCGCCAUCUCGUUAACCUUGAGUUCCUCUCCGUCUUCAACAACCAGGUCUGUGACGCCGGGCUGACUCUGCUGACCGACGCUCUCCAUCACGUCAGAGGGCUGAAGACGCUCGAGCUAGGAGGCAACAAUAUCCGCAAGGACGGGGCUCAGCGGCUGGGGGAGUAUCUUGCGUGCAAGCCUACCCUAGUGUCGUUGGAGAUGGGGUGCAACCAUGUGGGGAACGAGGGGGCGACGAGCCUGGGCCGGGCCCUUGCCCUCAACACGCGCCUUGAGCACCUGAGGAUCUGCAACAACAACAUAGGGAGCGAAGGCUGCUUCUUCCUAGCCCGGAGCAUGAAGUCCACCCCGAACCUCGAGGCCCUCUACUUGGGUUUCAACGAGAUUGGCGACGAGGGCGCUGGGCACGUGGCCGAGUGUUUCGUCUGCCUCCCCAGGCUCAGGCACGUGGAUCUUUACAACAACGGUAUCGGGCAGGAGGGCGUGACGCGCAUCGCAAGAAACCUGCGGCACCUGCGGCACCUGGAGCAGCUGCGACUC